AUGAAUGGAUUGGAAAAUGAUAUGUCCUAUAAUCCACGUAUAAUUCAAGCUCAUGAAAAUGAAUUAGCUGCAAUGGCACUUAGUUUUACAGGCAAUCUAUUAGCUACUGCUUCCAAACAGGGUACUCUUAUACGUGUUUUCUUAACCACAGGAUUAUGUGAAAAAAUUGUUGAAUUUCGACGUGGCUCUGAUAGAGCUGAUAUUCAUAGUCUUGCAUUUAGUUUUGACUCAGGUUUUUUAUGUUUAUCAAGUGAUAAAGGUACGAUACAUUUAUAUGGUAUACGUGAUCCAAAAUUGAAUCGAAGAGCUGCAUUACCUCAUGCAUUAAAUGAAGCUUUUGGUGAUCUAUGUAAUUUUAAAGUCGAUGAUGAAUGCGCAUGUAUAUGUACAUUUUCAGAUUCAAAUCAUGUUGUUGCAGCAAGUUUAAGCGGUACAUAUCAUAAAUAUAUAUUUACACCAGAUGGAAAAUGUCAUCGAAAUGAAUAUGACCUUUAUUUAGAUGGAGUUGACGGAUGUGAUUUUUAA